GGAGGCAUUCUCAACUAAUCUGGAUUAUAAUUAUCUGCUGCAAUGAUGCUGCCAAACAGUUUCGCACACUUCGGACACAACUUUCCCCAACCGUCACACUUUUCGUUACAAGAUCUACGCGAUGAUGAAUUCGUGCAGAAUUCUGCAUUGCUACAACUCAAAGACAGCAUACUCGAUAUUAUUGUGGAACAUGUGCCGCUGAAAGACCGCCUACUAAAACUUCGCCCCGUGUGCCAUCGGUUGUCAGAUUCGGUGAAACGGUCUGUGAAAUCCGUCGAAUUUCUCCGCGAUGAGCUAGAUUAUUGCGAUGACGCGAAGAUUUCGUUUUUUCUUGCUGUGUACGGAAAGAAUGUACAACAUAUGAACUACGACCUAUUUCGAUCCUGCUCUCUACGAGAGUAUACACAAUGGUCAUGGCGGCAGUCAGUCAUAUCAUCGGUUACCAGGUGUCCACAGUUGAAACAGCUGGAUAUUCUCAUAUGCUGUCGUCAUCGGUUGAGAGAUGGAGAUUUACAAGUUAUUUUUAAACAAUGUAAUCAAUUAGAGGAGUUGAGAAUGGAUGCUAGCUACAUCAAUGGACAUUGUUUUUCAAAAGCUCCACAAACUCUACGAAAACUUGAACUGGAAUGCUGCCAAACUUUGAAUAAACAAGGCUUCAUUGGAAUGUGCUCUCGGCUUUUUAAACUUCAGACGCUGCAUGUAUCACUGAUGCAAUGCAUUGACGAACAAUUGAUAAAACGAAUCGGAGAUAUGAAGAGCUUGAAAAAUCUCUCAGUUGUUGCUGAUCCAGAUCAGAAGAUGAACCAGUUCAGACUCGCUGAAAUUCGUCGGCUUUCAAAGCUCACAACACUUUGUCUUGAUGGUGUCAAUAAUGUCACUGAUAAGUUUCUCGGCGAUCUCAGCGAUUUAUCAACGUCACCUGCUGGCUCGAGCAUUGAACAUCUUUCUCUAUCAUUCUGUAAGAAUAUUGGUUCAAAUGGAAUUUCGAAGUUGAAAACUCUUCCAAAUUUGAAAAGCUUAAACUUGGACGGAGUGUCAAAAAGAGACAUAUCAACUGGUUUAGAAGCAAUCGGACAGGCUGGACGACUUGAAAGAUUGCUGGUUUCGGAAGACACUUAUGUCAAUCCUAAAACGAUUGCGGAGUUUGUGAACACAUGUGAGAGCUUGCGGACGUUAGAUAUUUCUGGAAAUCAUCGACUUAAAGACAAGUCAUUUGCAGAACAAGUGUACAGCGCCAGAGCCUUCUCAUUCGGAAAACCAAUGGUUAUUCUAACGGAUUUCAAAUCAAUGUGGCGUCAGUUACCUCCAUUCUCCUAUCAAAGCCGCGUCGAAAUCGUUAACAUCAAUGAUCGUUACCCGGAAGAAUACGUAGAGUCCUUGUCAGUGAAUACAGCGCAACAGAUUCCUCGUGGACAUUUGAUACCAGACCUUCGGCGAGGAAAUCGCUAUAAAAUGCUUGACAUUGCGUUGAACACUUCCGGAGAGCAGCUAGUUGAUCCCUCCAUCUUCGAGCAACACGACCAGGAAAAUCAAGCUCCAUCAUUUUCUCCCCCUGGUCCUCUAGCUGUAUUGUCUGAAAAAGAGCAAGAAGAGCUCGCUCGCAUGUUAAUGGAGAUUCAGCCACCUUUCCAAAAUGCUGAUUGGUUGAAUUAUGACCCAUAUGGAAUGUCAAAUGUCUUCCAACCUUCUUAUACCGACUUUGAAAAUAGCAUCACAGUCGGAUCAGCAGGAGCACCAGGACCACCAAAAGAAAAAGGAUCCGAUAAAAUUUUGAAGCAUUCUCGUCCGAGCCGACCAAAACGGCAAGCACAAAAGGAACGAGUUCAACAAAGACGAUCAGGAAAUAUUCAAAAGCCAGUUGUUCCACAAGGACCAUCAUUCACAGACGAUGAUUUCCCACCACUUGGAUGAUUGCGAAACCCAUUUCAGUUAUUUUCUACGUUCUCAUUAUUGUAUGUUAUUUAUCUAGAAAAUGCCUAUUCAGGUGAAGUGUUAAACUAAUAUUUUUUAACGUGCCUAAUGAUAAACACGUGUUCUUCCAAUUAAUAAUCAUCUCAUUUUUUUAUUUGCGAACUAAUCAUAAAUGUUUCACAUU